UCCAACAUUUCAAAUUUUGACACAAUGACUGAAGAUAUGGAGCAAGAGACGACCACCAAACUUGUGGGGAUGGGACUUCGGACCCCUGUGUCCCCUGCACAGAGCGCCUUUUACAUCAUUUUAGUGGCUCUGGGAAUUGUAGGUAACGCUAUUGUGAUAGGAGUCAUUGGGAAGAGCGUGAUGGUGGACCACGGCGGGGGACAUAACUCGGACAUCAUUAUCAUUAAUUUGGCUGUGUCUAACUUCAUGGUGUCAGUUGUGAGGAACGUGCUGCUUAUCGUUUCGGACCUGGGUAUUCAGAUGUACUCAUCCAAAGGGUGGUGUCAGUUCCUGAUGGGAGUCUGGGUCUGGUUGCGGUCGGUCAACGUGUGGUCAACGUUCUUCCUCAGUGCUUUCCACCUGCACACUCUGAAACGCGUGGCCCCGACAAUUGGAAACAUUCAGGGGCCGUGGAGCACCUACAGGACCCUGCUGCUGAGCCUGGGAGUUAUCUGGAUUUUAAACCUUCUUUACUCCAUUCCUGCCCAUAUUUUUUCCACUAGUGGCAAUGAAAACACCACAGAGACUCUGAUGUUGGUGAGCAGCACAACGCGCCCCCUGCUGGGCUGUGUGUGGAACUUCCCAUCAAACUACUCCGGCCUGGCCUAUGCCACCACGUCCAUGGCGAUCCAUGAAAUAUUUCCAAUUAUCUUGAUGGCGGUCACCAACAUGACCUCACUCUACACACUCUACACCCACGGCCGGUCGCGGAGCUCUGUUCAAGACGCCCCUGUUAUCAAGCGUGUGCCGGCAGAGAGGCGGGCUGCCAAGGUGAUUCUCGCUCUUGUCAUGCUCUUCAUCGUAUCCUGGGGAACCAGCAUCAUCUCCGUCAACUACUUCAACUACAACCGGGGCUCCUCGGCCGAGUAUCUUCUGGUCAUCGCUCGCUUUGCAAACAUCAUCUUCAUCGCCAUGUCGCCUGUUGUUCUGGCGUUCGGCCACCGUCGCCUUCGUUCCUGCAUGAAGUCUUCUGUCUCUGACUGAAAGUUUCUGGGUGAAGAUCAGUGCUUUGUGCUUUAGCUAAAAAAAAGCAGACGCAGUCAUGGACCCUUAGCAUAUCCUCCAUCAACUCGUAGGUGUUUAUUAGAGUGGUGCCUCACUAAAGUAUUCAUACCACUUCAAUUUUCACAAAGUCCGUCAUGUUUUUGUCACUUUUUUUAAAGAUAAAGAUCUGAACAGUGUGUGCUUUGUCCCCUCUUUACUCAUAAAUACAAUACAAUGCAACCAAUUGUCUUCAGAAGUCACUUAAAUAAUAAAUAAAGUCCACCAGUGUGCCAUUUAACCUCAAUAUAAAUGAGCAGAGAGGGUUAAUAAGAGAUGCAGGCCAAGGGCAGAGACCCACGGCACAGAGAGAAGACGAUCUGUCGAUCUGUUGACAGGUGAGACAUUUGUUGCACCGAUAAAAUCUGACCUUCAUGGAAGAGUGGCUAAAAGGAUAAUGACUGUUGAAAGAGAGUCAUGAAAAGUCACGUUUAAGGUUUGUCACACAGGACAGAGGAACUGUGUGGAUGAAGAUGCUCUGUUCAG